CCAGCCGGUUCGGACCUACAGUGCUUCUCGGUGCUUGGUGGGUGGUAGCCGGAAGGCAUGUUUGACUGGAACAUCGGUUUCUUUCGGUUGGUGUACGCUUGACAAGUUACGGCGAAGGAGAUGAUGCUGAUGAUGACUGAGGGGCAGUAAACGGGAGUAGCGUUUAAUUGAAUAAUACGACGAUUGCCGCAAACCACUUGGAAGCAGUGAGCGCGCGUGGUCCGCUUUUCGUAAAGUGGGUGACAAUUGGUUGCUGUCAGGUAGAUGGCAUGGAGUUGUUCUAGCACAGCCGCAUUAGCAUUUGGUAUCCGAUUCAAGUGGAACCGUGCGUAAGUGAAAAAGUGUUUGUGACAAGGUUGUAAAUUAGAAAUCCAUCACGACUAGUGUUGGCAGUUUCAGAUUGUCAUCGUGCUGAAGAAAAGCAGUUGCAAAUUGCAUGUGAGUCUCCGAUGCACUGUGACAGGGCUAGAUGACUGCUCGAGGAUCCAAAGCAAAUAUCAGUUUGUGAAUGAAUAAAAAAUGAAUGUGCAUGUGCAUUGCUGAGCCAACAUCCGACGGCGGAAAAAACGAUUGGAUUUGAAAAUGUUGCUGUGAGUGAAUGUGACAGAAAUUUUUUUUCUUCGUCCGAGCCAUUUUGGCGUUUGAUGUGUACGAUCCGUUGUGUAUCUGAUGUGUGCUGCAUUUUAGUGCAACGAUAGAAAAAUAUUUGUGAAACGUGCAUUAGAAGAGCGCUUCGUGCAGUGACGGAAUCUCGUCGAAAUGGUGAAGCAAAACGUUAGAAAUAUUUGAUGUUCAAAGAGAGCAAUGCUAACACCUUCAACGGUAUAGGAGUACCAGUGAGUGUGGGAACGUAACUCGAGGAAUGAUAGUGGUAUACAUAAAUGAAGUAUGAAGAAAUCUCACCGAUCGACGAAUAAUCGCUGAGCUGCUGUUUUUUCACGCAAGUGUUCGACGAAGCGUUAAGGAUAUAUUACCACAGGAUACCACAUACGAGGAUAUAACUCAAAGGUAGGAUGCAAUUCGAAUUUGGUGAAGCAAUGGAUCCCAGCAAACAUUUACUCAAUAUGAAAGUUGUGCUCUGUUUUGUAAUGUACGUUAAUCUAGGUAUAUCAAACUCGCUGCACUCAAGCGAGAGUCGCCGGCAGCACAUGUCCUCCUCGGCGGAACAUCAUCAGCAACAGCAGGAACCAGCGGACGGAUCAGACACGGCUGAGAACGAGAUUUACGAUUCGGAUGAGAGCAACCUUCUACGAACACCGCUCGACCGGGGGCCGUACUUUGAUUUAUCAGCUUCGAAGAACAUCACUGCCCUGGUCGGCAAAACGGCCUAUCUCAACUGCCGUGUGAAGAAUCUGGGCAACAAAACGGUUUCCUGGGUUCGCCAUCGGGAUAUACAUCUGCUAACCGUAGGUAGAUUUACGUACACAUCCGAUCAGCGGUUUCAGUGUGUGCAUAAUCCGCAAACGGACGACUGGUCUCUGCAGAUUCGAUACCCCCAGAAGCGGGACACCGGAGUGUAUGAGUGCCAAAUAUCGACUACACCACCCGUCGGCCACUCCAUGUACCUAUCGGUAGUAGAACCUGUCACCAUCGUAGUAGGCGGACCGGACAUUUACAUCAACACCGGAUCAACGGUGAACCUGACGUGUGUUGUGCGGAAUUCCCCGGAACCACCGUCCACCAUCAUUUGGACCCACAACAAUCAGGAAAUUAAUUAUGACUCACCCCGGGGCGGUGUGUCGGUGAUAACGGAAAAAGGCGAAACAACCACCUCGUACCUGCUGAUCCAGCGAGCAAAAGGUGCCGACUCGGGAAAGUAUGUCUGCUCUCCGUCGAACGCCAACUCGUACUUCAUCAACGUUCACAUACUGAAUGGCGAACACCCGGAAGCGAUGCAGCACGGAGGCCAACUGCGGAUAGGCGAUCCACUGCACGUGUUUGUCUUUGUAAUCAUCACACUGCUGCUCGGUAAUCGAUGAAGUUUGCUCCACUUGCCGGGAUUCAAACGGAACUGAUCCGGGUCGAUGGUGUGAGUAAGUCCGUGAAACCGGGUUAGCGAGCAAUGGUAGUAUAUAUAGGAAUAAUGAAAUGACGUCCAACUCUGAUGAUUCGGUGGUCUGGGAACGAAUUCACGCAGUGUUUAUGUACGAUUGAUGGUAAAACUGGUGAUUUAAUUUUUGCAAUCAACAACUGGGCAUUAAAUGUGAUUUUGGAAUUGAUUACGUUCGAAUAUAAUUAAGUGUGUGUGAGCGAGCGAAAGUUAGAAAUUUUUGGUUUUGUUCUAACAAUUCGAAUGAAUUUCAAUGCAUUUCUAUAUUUAGCAACGAAAAACAAUCAGUCCUUAUCAUUACAUUAAGUUUACUUGCCCGCAAAAUAUUCUGAUUCCCAUUUAACGUUGUUUAUUUUUAUUGCUUUUUGGAACAUCAAGUAAGAAUAUUUGUUCUGAGUCUUCCUGAUAUCAUCAUAUAUGUAUUGAUACGUAAUCUUCGAUCAUGAUUUAUGAAUAAAUUAGGCAAUCAUCCAUUCGAUAAUUUCAUUCAUCGGUAUUAAACUUCCCCCCAAUUCAUACCAAAAUUGAUUCCACCAUACCAACAUUUGACCGAUGACGCUUUACAGGGCUAGCAGUGCGCAGUGUUGGUGUCGAAUGGGUAAUCGUCCGUGAAUAAUAAAUUAUUUAUUUUUGCGAUUAUUAUUUACACAGUUGACUAAUCGGGUACCUACACCUAUUCGCUGCCAAUAGUAAUUUCCGGUGAUGUGAAAGAUCUGAGUGAAUGUGAUAAAAGCUAUGAAUAGGUGCGAGAAGUGUUAUCUUUGAGAUUACGAUGUGUAUUUAUGAAACCAAUGUUGAUUUAUACAGACUCUCAAAAGUUGUAGAUACAUGAAGAGAAUAACCGUCUGAAACGGAUUGAUUAUAUUGACGACAAGUUUUAAAUAUAGUGCGAUAAGUUAAAA